UGUACUAAACUUAAAAAAUCAAACUCAAAAGAUUUACAGUCAUUGAAGGAAACACCAAUACUAUAAAUAAAGCACCAGAAAUCAGCAAUCGUUAGCCUUUAAUCACUAAUCAUUUCAAAUAUAUCAUUAAUUGUUAAUCAUUAAUAUUUAAUCUUUGAUCACUGACCAUUAAUCUAAAUGGCUAGUCAGUAGCUAUUAAUCACCAAAAUAAAUUAACUCAGUAACUUCACUCAAAAUACUGCAACAAAUGGAUGAAAUCGUAGUUUUUCAAACAAUAACAAAAUCAACUGCUCUAAAGUAGUUGAAAUUAGCGAAAAAGCCGAUAAAGAUUGUCGACCAAAAAAAUUAGAAACCCACACCAACAAACAUGGCGUGCUUUCCACGAAAGUUGCGUAUAUUCAAUCGCGCCAAAGCCAGCUUUACGCCAGCGGAAGAUGAAAAUAAAGACACCUUGCUCAAUAAUGCCGCAAAUCCAGUGCAAAUUGGUCGCUAUAUUAGACGUGAGGAGACUGCGUUUUUUACACCCAAAUCUAGUGAGCUACUCCGAAAAUCACAGGGGCAAAUCAUUGACAACCGAAGCAAUGACAACAACAAAAAUACUGGCAGUAAUAACGGCAAUGGCAACAACGUCACAAAGAGCAACAACGCAAAUGGCAGCUUGGUCAACAACGGCAGCGGCAAUGUCAACAGUUUGCCGCCUAAAAAAUUCAUUUCCAACAAAGCACACAAUCUCAGCCGCAACAAUAGUGCCAACAAAAGCAACAACAACAGCAACAAAUUCAAUGCAAGCAACUCACUAUUGAAACCGGUGAAAGGACGACGGCCGACGGCGCUGCCGAGCGAUGCACCAAACUUAGAGGAAGAAGAACAACGCGAUGAUGUUGAUGGGGUUGUUGAGGGGAGAGCGCCAACAGAGCUCGACAAAAUAGUGGAAGCGCAGACUGGUGCGCUACAUGUCGACAUAAAGCAGGCUAACGGCUAUCGGAGCAACAGCAGUGACAAGGAUACACCCACCACGCCGGGUUCGACGCUGGCGGUGCGCUUCUUUAUUGGUCAGCAUGCGCACGAAGAGGACGCUGUGUCCGCGGAGUCUUUAGAUGCCGGCAGUUAUCGCAGCAUAAAAGCGGUAACGACGCAAGGCAGCGAACAUCAACAACAACACCAACAAAAGCAAACAAAGAAACUACUCUUGCACACGGCUCAUGUUUCGGAUAGCACCAACAACGCCAGCACCUUUAGCUCCCUGCUGCAACUGCCCGCACUGGGCAGCCAUGAGUGGACCCCACAACACAGCAGCAAUCGGUUCACCAACGCCACCUCCUCACCCUCGCUCUACGGACCGCAGGCGACGACACGCAAAUCGAAAUCGAAAAGUUGGCGCAAAGCACGGGGCAGCUCACCACCUGCGGAGGACCUGCACAUACCACCGCCGCCGCCGUUGCCGCCGCUGCCGCUCACCAGCGCCUCGUCGUCCGCUUCGUUGCUUUCGUUGCGCAGCAACAAAAUCAAGCACAGCUCUAGCUCUGCGGUCGCCACGUUCACCGCAGCGUCGUCGCAUAUCGAGGAGGGUGGCAUUAGCGCCAAUGCCGAGUUUGCCACGCCGGCCGGUUACGAUGUGCGUUACGCUGGUACUGGCUCGGCGGAGGCAACAACAGCGGCGAGUGAUGCAACAAAUGACAAAUUCAGCCUUGAACGUCAGUUCUACACUCUCAGUGAAAUACUAAAUCUCAGCGACAAUUCAACAAUAACCAUCAAUAGUGAACUUGGCCGUGAUUCAGGUGUACUCGUAGAGGAGCAAACAUCAACGCCAAAGGAAAGUGAUAACAGCGACACACCACAGGUUCAUCGCGUCGAGGGCGGUCUGAUAUUCACGCGUCCUAAUUUGCCCGCCAAGAAGGACGUACAUAUCGAAUUCAUUGAAAAGGAUAAUGAAACACGCAAUCUCAUACGCAAGGCCAUCGAACGCAAUGACUUCCUCAACAACUAUAUGGACAAGGAGCGCAAGGAGAUGGUCAUCGAUGCGAUGGCGCCAACAUUCUACAAAAAGGACUCUUACAUUAUACAUGAAAAUGAUGAGGGUUCGGAAAUUUAUGUCUCCGAAACGGGUUACUUCGAUGUGAUCAAGGGUGGCAAGGUGGUGGGUAGUUUUGGGCCGACGACAGUUUUCGGUGAAUUGGCCAUACUUUAUAAUGCUAAUCGUUUGGCAUCGGUUAGAGCGACGACAAAUGCGCGCGUGUGGAAAAUCACACGUGAGACAUUCCGUCAGAUUAUGGUGCUCUCCGAGUCAAAAGAACGGGAUGAGAAUUUAACAUUUUUACGUGCGGCGCCAUUCCUUAAUGAUCUCUCGGAUGCGGUGCUCAAUAAAGUGGUGGAUCUGCUGCAGCGGAAAUACUACGAACCCAAUGCCUGCAUAGUGCGCGAAGGCGAAGUGGGCAAUGAGUUCUUCAUUAUACGUGGUGGUACGGUGACUAUCAAAAAGAAAAAUGAGCAAAAUGUGGAACGUGUGGUAGAUCGACGGAAACGUGGUGAUUACUUCGGUGAACAAGCGCUGCUGAAUGCGGACCGACGGCAAGCCAGCGUAUAUGCGGAUGCGCCAGGCACUGAAGUGCUCAAGUUAGACAGAGAAGCCUUCAUCAGUUAUCUUGGCACCAUACCACAGCUGCGCGAGAAGCCCGAAGAACGUAAAUCGGCCGAACGCAAGCAGAGCACGCGACAAUCUGAAUUUGACAACGAAUACGCACACAUACAGCUAACUGAUCUAAAAAAGGUGGCAACAUUGGGUGCUGGCGCUUUCGGUUGUGUGGAUUUGGUGACGUACAAUGAUAAAACUUUCGCAUUGAAAAUCAUCAAAAAAAUCGAUGUCAUCAAACAAGAUCAGGUAGAGCAUGUUUAUAGCGAAAAACAUGUCAUGAUGAAGUGUCGCAGCUCACCGUUCAUAAUAGAGUUAUAUAAGACUUUCCGCAAUGAAAAAUUCGUUUACUUCCUAAUGGAAGCUUGCAUGGGCGGCGAUGUUUGGACGGUUAUGUCGCAGCGCCGCUUCUUCGAUGAGCGCACUGCCAAAUUCAUUGCCGGUUGCGUGGUGGAAGCUUUCGACUUUUUGCACGCACAUAAUAUUAUUUAUAGGGAUUUGAAGCCGGAGAAUUUAAUGUUAACGACGGAUGGGUAUUGUAAGUUGGUUGAUUUCGGCUUCGCCAAGCACAUACCACCCAAUCAAAAAACGAACACCUUUGCCGGCACACCCGAAUAUGUCGCGCCGGAGAUCAUUUUGGAUCGCGGCCAUGAUCGCGCUGUCGACUAUUGGGCUCUGGGCAUAUUGAUAUUCGAAUUGCUUGUGGGUAAAACACCAUUUCGCGGACAAAAUCAAAUCAAAAUUUACCAGCAGAUAUUAGGCGGCAUUGACGUCAUACAAAUGCCCUCGAAGAUACCGCGUUCAGCACAGGGACUCAUCAAACAUUUAUGUAAGCAAUUGCCUGCAGAGCGGCUGGGUUAUCAGCGACGCGGCAUUUUAGAUAUUAAACGGCAUAGUUGGUUUGACAAUUUGGACUGGAAUAAGUUGAAAUACAAACAAUUGCCGUCACCGAUCAAGCGUCCCAUAACUUGCAACACCGAUUUGCAGUACUUUGGACCAGCUGGUGUGGAGAAUGACUACGAUCCGCCCGAUGAAACGAGCGGUUGGGAUAUUGAUUUCUAAAGAACGCAAGAAAUGUUAAUAUUUUUUCGAAAAAGCAAUUUAUAUAUUAUAUAAUUAAUGUUAGAAUUAAAUUAUUUAUAAUU